CUCAGCCAGCAGUCAGCCUGCGGGAGACAGAGCCUCCACGACUCCCAGCCUCCUCCUCCCCGCCGCCGCCUCCUCCUCUUCCUCCUCCUCCUCCCUCGCUCCCACAGCCAUGUCUGCUUAGACCAGAGCAGCUCCACAGCCAAUUCAGGCAGCAGCGGCCGCCGCAGCAGCAGGACAGCCACCGCUCGGGAGCUAUGACAGGAGUGUUUGACAGAAGAGUCCCCAGCAUCCGAUCCGGCGACUUCCAAGCUCCGUUCCCGACGUCUGCCGCCAUGCACCAUCCGUCUCAGGAAUCGCCAACUUUGCCCGAGUCGUCGGCCACCGAUUCUGACUACUACAGUCCCGCGGGGGCCGCCCCGCACGGCUACUGCUCUCCUACCUCUGCUUCCUACGGCAAAGCGCUCAACCCCUACCAGUACCAGUACCACGGCGUGAACGGCUCCGCAGCCGGCUACCCGGCCAAGGCUUACGCCGACUACAGCUACGCCAGCCCCUACCACCAGUACGGUGGCGCCUACAACCGCGUCCCGAGUGCCACCAGCCAGCCAGAGAAAGAAGUGGCGGAGCCAGAGGUGAGGAUGGUGAACGGUAAACCAAAGAAAGUUCGUAAACCCAGGACUAUUUAUUCCAGCUUUCAGCUGGCCGCGUUACAGAGAAGGUUUCAGAAGACUCAGUACCUCGCCCUGCCAGAACGCGCCGAGUUGGCUGCCUCUUUGGGACUGACGCAAACACAGGUGAAAAUCUGGUUUCAGAACAAAAGAUCCAAGAUCAAGAAGAUCAUGAAAAACGGGGAGAUGCCCCCGGAGCACAGUCCCAGCUCCAGCGACCCUAUGGCGUGUAACUCGCCACAGUCACCAGCGGUGUGGGAGCCCCAGGGCUCAUCCCGCUCUCUCAGCCACCACCCUCAUGCCCACCCUCCGACCUCCAACCAGUCCCCCGCGUCCAGCUACUUGGAGAACUCGGCUUCCUGGUACCCAAGCGCAGCCAGCUCAAUCAAUUCCCACCUGCCGCCGCCGCCGGGCUCCUUGCAGCACCCGCUGGCCCUGGCCUCCGGGACGCUCUAUUAGAUGGGCUGCUUGUUCUGUCUUUCUUGCUCAGUUUUGGGACUACAGUGUUUUGCUGUUUUAGAAAUCAGAAAGAAAGGAAUUCAUACGGGGAUGUUUGGAAAAUGGAAACAACAACAAAAAAGUUCAUGUGUAAAGCUUUUUUUUUUUUUUUGCAUGUAAGUUAUUGCAUUUCAAAGGACCCCCUCCCCUUUUUUUACGGAAAAAAAAACUUUUUUUUUUUUUUUGCGCAACUGUGGACACUAUCAAUGGUGCCUUGAAAUCUAUGACCUCAACUUUUCAAAAGACGUUUUUCAAUGUUAUUUUAACCGUGUAAAUAAGUGUAGAUAGAGGAAUUAAACUGUAUAUUCUGGAUAAAUAAAAUUAUUUCGACCAUGAAAA